AUGCUGGUCUUGCUCAUCGCAGCUCUUUGCAGAUGCCACCCAGUGCAAACAGCCAAGCUGUUGCCGCGAAUUUUAUCCAACACAUGCCUUCGCCUCCGUGACGGCCACGCCAAGACGACCGAUGCCUGCGUGGUACUAGUAUCCGCGCUUGCGUUGUACGUUGUGCCAUGCCCUGUUGUAACACUCCCUAGUGGCCAGCCCGGCGCCUCACCCUGCAAGCAGCGCGGGGAUAGCAGCAUUCAACAGACGUUCGAAGCGAUCGCUGCUGUCUUUGCUAGAGAAGCUAAUGCGGUUGGUGAAGCUGCCACGAGAUGCCUCUGUGGUCUGCUCCACCCUGUUGAUUUUGACGGAGUAUCAGUGCCAGGACCAAGUACAGUUCUAGCUCACGCCACACGCAUCCACCCGUUCUUCAAGAAUCUCCUAGCUGAUACUGUUGACAAGCUAGAUGGUAGUACGAUGUUUGCCACGUUUUCGCCUCUGUUCCUUGUGCUGCAGUCCGCAUGUCAGCUCGCUCGUGAGGCCCACGAGAAAGCCUCUUUCGUUCAAUUGGGUGGCUACUUCGCUCCGCAUAUCGCAUCGAUAUACGAAGCCAUCGAGGACUCCUUCCAGUGCGGACCUCGUGAGGAUUGGAUGCUACGAAAGCGCGGCAUGGAACUAUUGACGAUGCUGCUAGAUAUAUUCGCACUGCAGGACGCUGCUUGGUGUGUGGCAGUUGACGUGGCAAAAGAGUACUUUCAAUCGCAGUUGGUACGUUCCCUGCAUGACUUGGAUGUCCAAAUCCUAGACUCGGCUUAA